UGGUGAGUUGCCACGUCAGCAGGACACGUCAGCAGGCCACGUCAGCAGGGCACAUCAGCAGAGCCACAUCAGCAGCAAGGGAUACCUUAUCAGCAAGCCCCGACCGGUCUAUGCUGUUGAGAUCUCAAACAGCAGUCAUGGACCAGAGGCCCGGAGAAGCGGACGAGGCCUAUCAGGCCCGCAUGUUGGCCUGGAGUGCGGAGACUAAGAAACGGGCAGAUGACGCUGCAGCAGCAGCGAAGAAGAAGGCGGAAGAUGCAGAGCAGGCACGUCUGCUGGCACUUGAACAACAGCGCCAGCAUGACGAGGCAGCAGCAAGGGCUGCCGAUGAAGAAAGAUUACAGCAUCGUGAGAAGAUAUCCACUGGAGAGUGGGCGUUACUUACCAUGGCAGCGGCAUGGCGGACCGAGGCCGAGGAUGGCAAGUUGGAGGACAGCGCCAACAAGAUAGCGCUCCUCCUCUCGCAUCUCACGGAUCUCCUAGCCACCUGCAUUACACGGCAGGCGGAGAUCCUUGGCCUCGACACCUCGCUAGCUCAUCUCCGAGACCGCCUUCAGCGGUUGGAGCAGCGACCAGUCGCCGCCGCAGACACACGCUCUUCCAACACUACCGACCGCCUCAAUGCAUUGGAGAUGGACGUCGGCGCACUCAAGGAUGGCGUACAAUCGCAACAGACCGCAACACAGCAAUUGCAACAGCGGAUCUGCACUACCGCCACCACUUCGAGUACAGAACCGCGCGAGACCACUCCAAAGUUCGACGGGCAGGAGAUCUUCUGCGACUCAACGAAGACAGAUCCUAUUCCAUGGUUUCGCAAGUUCGAGCUCACGCUGCAGUUGUCCAACGUCAAGGAACACAAGCACCACGCCUACUUGUACUCUCGCUCAGGGGGCGCGUGCCAGGCCUGGUUCGACAACCUCCUGUCCAAGUACGGAGUAGUAGCUGCGGACUUGCACACCGUGAUCAGUUGGGAUGAUCUGAAGGCGGCGUGGCACAAGCGGUUCCAGGUGGAGCCGCCAGAGAUCAAAGCCAUGGACAAGCUCAUGGUCUUUGAGCAAGGCACGCUGCCGAGUACGGAUUGGAUCGCCGAGUACCAACGCUUGACGUCAGUCCCAGACAUCCAGAUGGGCUUCAAGGCCAUCCGCCAUUACUUCAUCUCAAGGUCAUGUCCGGCAUUGAGCAAUGCCCUGACGCAUGUCGAAGACACCUUGACGACGACGGCGGAGUUGUUCGACAAGGCUGCACUGAUCAUUAUCACAAACAAGGAGGCCAAGAACCUUCGUUCAUCUGCGUCAGGCCCGAGCAGGGACCAGCAUCGACCAAGAGUGGCCGUGGUCGCAGCAGCAACGCCGUUAGACGAAACCAGCAAGGUUGUGUCUGCCAGUGAAGGAAUCAGACUCGCAGCCGCCCGGGAAGGUGGCCGCCCCGGCAAAGGCCGAGGACGCGACAGGACGAAGACACACACCGCAUCUAGCCCCGGGCUCGGUGCAGCAGCUCAGACAGGCCCAUGGACCAAUUCGUCUUCAAGUGGUUCUUCACGGGAUUCGGCGCGCGAGUUCAACAUAGAGGCAUUGGACCCGCUCACGUCUGAGGACUUUGCAUGGCUUCCUCUCCCGACCACCAACCGAUUGCCGGGACCGCAAUGCACAACACUUAGCGCUAAUCUUCACACUUACCUAUCCUUCUAUGCACCACCAACUUCGCCGACGGAUGACGAAGUCGCGGUGGGGAACAUCUUGGCGUAUACUACCAAGGUGGCCCGCGAGUUUCGCACGCAGUGGUACGAUGACAACAACGCACCGCUGAUGUAUGUCCGCAUUCAGGUUGGGCAAGCGUCCUGCAGCGCUUUGCUGGAUAGCGGCGCGRCUCGCAACUUCAUGAGCCAAUCCUUUAUGCAAAGGGCUGGCCUUGGCGCACAGGUUCGGAGGAAGGCAAACCCGACGGCGAUCAAGUUGGCGGACGGUAAGACGCAGCAACUUCUCGACCAUUACAUCGAGGCCGUGCCGGUCUACUUCGCACCUCAUGCAUGCAAACCGGUCACGUUCGAUAUUCUCGACACGGACUUCGACAUCAUUCUGGGAAUGCCUUGGCUUGCAAGUGCGGAUCACACGUUCGCUGAUAUCUUCGAGUCACCUACCGGUGUGGUGCCGGAUCGGCCGAUCUCUCACAAGAUCAUUCUUGAGGCCGGUGCUGUGCCGCCGAAAGGUUGCAUCUAUCGGAUGAGCGAGGAGGAGCUUGAGGUACUCCGCGCACAACUCGAUGAUUUGUUGGCCAAAGGCUGGAUCCGCCCGAGCAGCUCCCCAUAUGGAGCACCUGUUCUCUUCGUCAGGAAGAAGAUCAAGGAUCUACGAUUGUGUAUCGACUACCGCAAGCUCAACGCGCAAACCAUCAAGAAUGCGGGGCCUCUUCCUCGCAUCGACGAUCUUCUCGAGCGACUGGGCGGCGCGAACCGGUCAUUGGAGGAUCAUCUGGGGCACCUUCGACGAGUGUUGGAGACGCUCCGCCGCGCCAGGUACAAGGCCAACCGCGACAAGUGUGAAUUUCCCCGGCAGGAGCUGGAAUACUUGGGCCAUUUUGUCACAUUGGAGGGCAUCAAUCCGCUAUCGGACAAGAUUCAAGCCGCCCAGGAGUGGCCGGAGCCUCGGAACGUCACGGAAGUUCGCUCGUUCCUUGGUCUUACCGGCUACUAUCAGCACUUCAUCGAAGGCUACUCCAAGAUCGCGGCCCACUUGAACAAGCUUCAGUGUGAGGAUUAUCCGUUUGACUUUGGAGAGGAGGCGCGGGGAUCAUUCCUCACUCUCAAAGCCGCGCUAUUGUCUGCGGAGGUCUUGCGAAUCUACGACCCGCUCGCACCUACGCAUGUCACUACGGAUGCGUCAGGAUAUGGCAUUGGUGCAGUCCUCGAGCAACAUGAUGGUGUGGACUGGCACCCGGUCGAGUACUUCAGCAAGAAAGUGCCCCUCGUGCAUUCCAUCGACGAUGCACGCAAGAAGGAGCUCCUCGCCUUCAUCCACGCGCUCAAGCGGUGCCGACACUUCCUCCUUGGUCGAAGCCAAUUUCGCUGGGUAACGGACAACAAUCCGUUGGUCUUCUACAAGACCCAGGACACCGUCAACAGCACCAUCGCUCGAUGGAUGGCUUUCAUCGACCAGUUCGACUUCUUUCCCGAUCACAUUCCCGGGAAGUCUAACCGUUUUGCGGAUGCUCUUUCACGGCGUCCGGAUCAUUGUACCACGGUCUACUCAACUUUCGAGAUUGACGACGACCUGCGGAACAGCUUCAUCCACGGCUACCAAGCCGACCCCGAGUUUCGCGACAAGUACACGAAUUGCUCCUCGCCUAAUCCGUCUCCUUCUCACUACCGGAUCCAGGAGGGGUACUUGCUUGUCCACACGCGGGGGAAGGACCUUCUUUGCGUACCAAGUGAUCCUCACUUGCGUACACGGCUUCUUGGCGAGUUCCACGAUGCUCCCGCCACUKGACACUUCGGGGUCAAYCGCACGAUUGGSCGACUUCGCCAGCGAUUUUGGUGGCCUGGCCUUCUCAGCGACGUCACGCGCUAUUGCGAGUCYUGCGAGGUUUGCCGACGCUGCAAAUCCCGCAACCAUCGUCCGUACGGCGAGCUACGAUCAUUGCCGGUCCCUGACUCUUCUUCUCGGGAUGCCGAUCGCAGUGGUGGAGGAUGACCCGACACACCCGGACCUUCUUUGUCUUUCCAGGACCUCUGUGUGACUCUUCUUCCCCCCCCCCCCCUUGAUAUCUCUGCCUACCUUUG